AUGGAGCCACCUGCUUGCGGUUGUAUCCAGGUGUCUGGUCGAUCAAUGCAAGAUUUGGAGCCCAGCAUCUUCCCGGCAUUCGACGUGGGUGAGAAGGAUGAGUCCAGUCCCCCGGGUUUUACCAGUCGGUUGGGAUGCAGUGCACCCGGGGAUCUGCCUCAGACGUGCAGCGUUCUAUGCACAGCAUGGGGAGUUCUUCUCGGAUGUUUCACUGGACUUGAGACUGUCUACCAUGGCUUUGACUGCGACCAUAACAUCACCACAACCUCGGGACGUGGACAUGAUGUUACGCCAACUGCACAGCUGAACGUGCCCGCCAAUCAGAGUGUUCGAAGCAUCCUGGCCGGUGGCUUUUGCACGCUGCUGUUCCUACCGGAGACCAAGGCACAAACGUUGUACAACACCACACUUUCCAUCCGCAACUUUGCCCGCGAGCCGAGCGAUGAUAAUGAUGAGAACCGAAAGAUGAGCCACGAUUCUCUUUCAUGGUGCAAGAUGCAUAUGCUCGUGGACCCUACCACCCUCGACACCGUCCUGUCGUGGGACCCCGUCUUCAUGACUCGAGAACAGGCGGCGAACAUCAGCAACACCUAUGACAAGAUUGUCAGUGAAAUCAUCAACCGCCCCGAGACUCUCGUAUCAAACCUCGACUGGUUUGGUGACCGAAACGAGCGGCAAGUCCUGGCGUGGAACAGCAACCCAAAGAGCAAUGUGCAGGAGUGCAUACACCAAGCCGUAUCCAAGCAUGGUGCAUUGCGACCUGAUGCAGAGGCGGUUUGCGCUUGGGACGGGAGCUUUUCAUACUCCCAACUUUUAUCUCUCUCGGAUCGCCUUGCUUGUCGCUUACAAGCCUCGGGCGUUGGGCCCGAGAUCUUUGUGCCGAUUUGCUUCGACAAGUCCAAGUGGACUGUCGUUGCCAUGCUGGCCGUGCUCAAAGCAAGUGGGAUCUUCGUGCCUCUUGAUCCUACACACCCAUUACCGCGCCUACAGUCCCUGGCACGCAAGGUACAAGCCCAGACCAUCUUGUGUUCUCCCCAGCACCAAGCCAUGCUAGCGAGUGUGGCGGCCGAGUUGAUCCCUGUUGACGACCAACUGUUCAUGGAGUUGGCCGAGCACGACGGCAGCGAGGUCAACUGUGGUUCAUGGAGCAACGGUGCCUACAUGAUUUACACAAGUGGAACGACUGGAGAGCCAAAGGGCGCGUUGAUUCAGCAUGGGGCCCUCAUGUCGAGCGCCCUUGUCCAUGGACCUGCCAUGAUGAUGGACUCCAACACGCGAUCACUGCAGUUCGCCGCGUCCACUUUUGACGUGAGCAUCACCGAGAUCCUCACGUGCUUGGUUCUUGGUGGCUGCGUCUGCAUACCCAGCGAGGAUGCCCGGCUUAACGCCAUCGAGGAUGCCAUCACGCAGCUCCGAGCCAACUGGGCGCUACUGACGCCAACCUUUGUCAAAUUUAUAGACCCUGCCAAGGUGCCAUCCCUCUGCACACUUGUUACUGGCGGGGAAGCCAUGACGCAAGCCGUCAUUGACUCGUGGUCUCACAUCAACCUCAUCAACUGCUAUGGCCCUGCAGAAAUCUCGGUUGUUUCACACGUAAACCGAGGUAUGAGGAAAGGCAAGAACCCGUUGAAUAUCGGCCACCAGGUCGGCGUUCAUUGCUGGGUUGUUGAUAGGUACAACCACGACCGACUGAUGCCCCUGGGAGCGGUGGGUGAGCUGGUCAUCGAAGGCCACACGCUUGCACGGGAGUACUACAAGGAGCCCGAGAAGACGAGCGAGGCUUUCAUUGUUGAUCCCGCGUGGACACGCAACCAACCACGGCAGAAUGGCCCUAGGCGCAUGUACAAGACGGGCGAUCUCGUCAAGUACAACCAUGACGGCACCCUUCACAUCGCCGGGCGCAAAGGCUCUCAGAUCAAGUUUCACGGACAGCGCAUAGAGCUGGGCGAGAUUGAGCACCAUCUCAGCGUCAGUGCUUGUAUAAAGCACGGCAUGGUCGUUCUGGCCAAGGAAGGUUUCUGCAAAGGCCGACUCUUGGCCAUUGUUCAGCUCAGCGAUGCUUCGAACCAGGACCUAGUGCCCAAGGGCCAACCUUACAAGUUGAUUGAUGGUCAACUGGAAGACACUGCGCGAGUCAAAAUCGCCGAGGCAAAAGAGCUUCUGGCCGAAAGGCUGCCACCCUACAUGAUCCCUUCCAUGUGGAUCGCCGUUGAGUUCAUCCCUCGUCUUCAGUCAGGAAAGCUUGACCGCAAGCAGACUGCGAAGUGGGUUGAUGACAUGAGCGAGACUCUGUACCGACAACUCAACCCUGUCAUAGCCACCAGGACUUCAGAGGACCUCGAGUUCUCCAGCAAGACCGAGUCAGAGCUACACGAGAUCUGGAUGCACGUUCUGAACCUCAAAGCGGAACAGCUUGGCCUUGGACAGUCCUUCCUAAGCGUUGGCGGUGACUCCAUCUCGGCGAUGCAAGUGAUGAGCGAGUGCAGGAAACGUGGCCUCGGGCUGAACGUUUCGCAAAUCAUUGCUUGCAAAUCAAUCAGAGCGCUGGCACUGCAAGUCAAGGAUAUCGAUAGGCCAUCGUUCCACCUGGAGGCUCUGGAACAACCCUUCGAGCUCUCGCCCAUACAGAAGCUCUACUUUGCUAGACCCAACCACGACCAAGGCCACUACAACCAGAGCUUUCUCCUUCGCACAAGCCAGCGCAUUCUUGAGCCAGAUAUGCGCAAGGCCAUCGAGACCAUCAUAAGGAGACACUCGAUGCUCCGUGCCAGGUUCAGCCAGGACGCCGUCGGUGAAUGGAAGCAGCGAGUUACUAACGAGAUUUCGUCCUCGUAUCGGUUGCGUACCCUAACCCUGGCUUCGAGUGAGGAAGUUGGCCGCUCCCUCAUCGACAGCCAGACUUGCCUUGAGGUUACUGACGGUCCUCUGCUUGCUGCUGACCUCAUUGAUAUAAAUGGGGAAGAAGAGCUCCUGUUCGUGGUCGCGCAUCAUUUGGUCAUUGACCUUGUAUCCUGGAGGAUCAUUCUCCAGGAGCUAGAAGAGCUGCUGCUCCGGCCUGAACUGGUCCCCGGCACAGAUCGCCCUCUGCCUUUCCAGGUCUGGUGCAAGAUGCAGUUGGAACAUGCCGAGGCCCAGACGCCGGAGCAAGCUCUGCCAAUCCAUGGCAUCCCUGACGGGAACGCCGAGUACUGGGGAAUGGUGGACACGCCGAAUGUCUACGGACAGAUGGCCCAUGAAGGCUUCGAAAUUGGACCUCGACAAACAUCCCUUCUCCUAUCCAAAUGCCAUGAGUCAUUGCGCACCGAGAUUCCCGACGUUCUCCUGGCGGCCAUGAUCUUCUCUUUUGGUCAGACAUUCACGGACCGCCCGAUCCCGGCUGUGUUCGCCGAAGGACACGGCCGAGAACCCUGGGAUACUUCCAUCGACCUGUCCAACGUGGUUGGAUGGUUCACAACCAUUUACCCGGUCUUUGCUGGAGCAGAGGCGCAAUCCAGUCUCGUUGACACGGCGAAGCUGGUCAAAGAUGGACGGCGCAAAGUUCCCGAUAGUGGGAGACCUUACUUUGCGAGCCGCUGGCUGACAAAAGCGGGCGAAGACGCCUUUUCCCGUCACUGGCCGCUUGAGAUUACCUUCAACUACCUUGGCCAGUAUCAACAACUGGAGCGUGAGGGUGCUCUCUUCACCCCUGUGAGGGAUAUCGCUGGCGAGGUCAAGGGUGCUACCGACGGUGCAGACGUCGGUCCCCUAACAACCUGCAUCUCCCUUUUCGAGGCUUCUGCUGUCAUCAUCAAGGGUUCUCUCCGGUUCUCCUUUGUCUUCAAUCAAAACAUGAACCAUCAGCCCGAAAUUCGUCAGUGGAUUUCUUCUUGUCAACAGAGUCUCGGCGCCCUGAUUGAAUCUCUGAGCGUCAUGCCCCCUGAGCCUACGCUGAGCGACUUCCCACUACUCUCCCUGACCUACGACCGUCUUCGACUCCUCACGGAAGAAAAGCUCACCGAGGCUGGAGUUAGAUCUAUGAAUCUAGUCGAAGAUGCCUACCCUUGCUCUCCCCUGCAAUCGGGACUCUUGAUCAGCACGACAAAGAACAGCGCCUUUUACGCCGCUUACACGCUCCAUCAGGUCAAGAGCAGAAGCGGUAUGCCCGUGGACGUCACCAAACUUGCCAAUGCUUGGAGACGCUUGAUUGAGUACCACCCCAUGCUCAGGACCAUCUUCGUUGAGAGCGUGGCCCAGCAAGACUCACUCUACGAUCAGGUAGUUCUCAAGGAAGUCGACUUUCCGCUCAUUGUGUCAGAGAAGGAUACAAAAGAGGACGCCCUGACCGCUCUGAGCGCCCCGCCUCUGCACCAAAGAGACAACUCUCAGCUGUUGCAUCACUUUGAGGUUUGCGCAACCAAGAGCGGUGAAGUCUUUUGCAGACUUGACAUUAGCCACGUCAUGAUGGAUGGGACAUCUCUGUCAAUUCUCUUCCGUGACCUCGCCCUGGCGUACGAGGGCGGCUGUGGAUCUGGGGAAGGUCCGCUGUACCGGAACUACAUCAAACACCUCCAAGACCAGGCCAUUCAGCCCGGUAUCGACUACUGGAAGUCAUACUUGGCGGACGUUGAGCCGUGCCACUUUCCCGUUCUCGACGACGGCAUCGUUGCGGAAUCAAAGGACUUGAGAUACCUCAGGGUCAAGUUUGGCGAGUUGGCGAACCUGCAGAGCUUGUGUGACGAUCAGGGAGUCACCAUUGUCAACGCUAUAUACGCUGCCUGGGCAUUGACACUGCGUCUUUAUACAUCCUCGGAGGAUGUCUGCUUCGGCUAUUUGACGUCGUCUCGUGACUUGCAGAUCCAAGGCAUCCAUGACGUUGUCGGGCCCGUCAUCAACAUUGUGCCAUGCCGCGUCAACGUUGGCGCGUCUACCACUCUCGGGGACAUGAUGAGCUUAGUGCAGAGAGAUUACCUGGAUAGCCUGGACUACCGACACACUCCCUUGGCCGAAGUCCAGCACGCACUGCACCUCUCCGACAUCGCUCUGUUUAACACAGCCGUGUCAUACAGAAAGCUGCUUCCUACCCUGCAAAGCCCUCCGGAUCUCGUAUUCGAGGAGUGUCGUCCUACCUAUGAUCCCGACGAGUACAACGUAUCCGUCAACAUCGAGGCAGGCGAGAAUGACAUGGCUAUUGACCUGAUGUACUGGUCGGAUACCCUGUCAGACGGACAGGCUGCGAAUGUUGCCAGCACUUUUACCAAGGCGCUCAGCAAUGUGCUUCAUCACUGCAACCGGCCCGUGGCUCAGCUCGAUCACCUCGGUUCCUGGCACCGCCUGCAGCUCUGCGAGUGGAACAAGCAGAUGCCCGAAGCCGUUGAAAGCUGCCUUCACGACUUGUUCAAACAGCAGGCACUGUCUCGCCCUGAUGCUCCCGCGCUGGCUUCGUGGGACAUGAAUUUCACCUAUGCUGAGCUUGAUGACGCCUCUACCAAGCUUGCUCAUCACAUCGUCUCCUUGGGUGUCGGCGUGGAAGACUUUGUGCUCGUCUGUUUCGACAAGUCUGCUUUCGCCAUAGUAGCCAUGCUGGCCAUCCUGAAGGCGGGAGGGGUAGCCGUGCCCCUAGAUCCAACGCAUCCGGAUACCGCGUUGCGAUUUCGUGCCGAGGACACAGACGCCUCUUCCGCUCUCGUGUCUCCUUCUGUGGUGCACAGGAUCAGUACCAUGGUCAAGACAACAGUAGCUGUAGACGCCCAGCUUCUCCAGACCAUCUCCAUGACACAGGAUGGCGUUUCUCUUCCCAAAGUCACACCCAACAACGCCUGUUUCGUCAUCUACACCUCUGGGAGUAGCGGAACGCCCAAGGGAGUGGUGCUCGAGCAUAGGGGGAUUGCCACCAAUGCCGAGUACUCGGGGCCCAAGCUAGGCUAUGAGCAAGACUCAAGGGUGCUGCAGUUUGCCUCUCACACCUUUGACAAUAGUCUCGCCGAGAUAUUCACCACACUCACCCGUGGAGGCUGCGUAUGCGUACCUUCGGACCACGAGAGGUUGAACGAUUUGGCCGGUGCCAUUAACCGCUACGAGGUUACAUUGGCCGAUAUAACCCCUACCGUCGCUUGCUUUCUCCAUCCGACUGAGGUCCCAACCUUGAAGACUUUGGCUCUGGGCGGUGAAGCUGUAACUACCAAGUGCGUUGACAUCUGGCGCGACUUUGUAUCUCUGCAAUGUUGCUACGGACCCUCCGAAUGCUCCGUCAACGCAACUUACAGUGGCGAUAUUGCCAAGCCAGGCAGAGCCACAAACAUCGGCCGCGCCAUCGGCAGUGUCGCUUGGGUUGUCGAUGCCAGCGACCACAACUCUCUGGUUCCCAUAGGUUGCGUAGGUGAGCUUCUCAUAGACGGCCCCAUCGUCUCUCGAGGCUACCUGAACCUGCCCGAGAGGAUGGCACAAUCCUUUAUCUCUCCACCUGCCUUUGUGGAAGGGAUACUUCAAGGCGUCAACAUGGAGCGUAAGCUCUACAAGACCGGGGACCUGGUAUGCUGCAACUCUGACGGUACUCUUACGUACUUGGGGCGAAAGGAUACUCAAGUCAAGCUCAACGGCCAGCGCAUCGAACUUGGAGAGAUUGAGCAUCACAUUGAAAAGAACCUCCCUGAGAGCUGGCUGUCUGCUGUGGAGCUCAUUGUGUCUGAGGGCCGAAAAUCUCUGGCCUGUUUUGUUUGUGCCGAUGCAGAUACCUCCUUCCCCGACAGCAGCGACGACGGCAUCAUACUAGACUUAGACGAUGCUUUUAGGACUCGCGCCAAAGCCUUAGAGAGUCAUUUGUCAAUGGUCGUCCCCGCUUACAUGAUCCCAUCCAUGUGGCUACCCAUCCUCAAGAUGCCACUCACUCCGUCUGGGAAGUUGGACCGACGCAGUCUCCGACUACUAGCACAGGCGGUGCCGAUGUCGCUGAUGAGCACCUACAAGCUCGCCUCCAAGUCUGGUAGGAACCCAUCGAGCGAAGCAGAGAAACAACUGGCCAGUAUGUGGGCUCAUGUGCUGAAUAUCGACCUGGCGUCCAUCGGAGUCGAAGAUCAUUUCUUUAGACUUGGAGGCGACUCGAUCAACGCAAUGAGACUUGUGACACUUGCACGGCAGUCUGACAUCAACUUGACCGUGGCUAGCAUCUUCCAGAAGGCAACCUUGCUGGAUAUGGCCAACUCAGCAUUCCCCAUGUCCAAGGCUACAGUCACGGCCGUCCAGCCGUUCUCGUUGUUACCCAAUGUAGCCUCGAUGGAUGUGUUACAGCGAGAGGUUGCAGCCUUUGCUCGCAUCAAUGUCGAUGCCAUUCGGGACAUUUACCCUUGCACUGCAACACAAGAGGGUCUUAUGGCGCUUUCGACCAGAGAGCCUGGGGCAUAUGUUGCUCAACUCAUCUAUCGCCUCCCGGGCGACGUAGAUAUCGCCAGGUUCAAGAGGGCCUGUCAUCUCGUUGUCCAAGCUGAGCCUACCCUACGAACAAGGAUCGUACAUACCGAUGAUGCCGGGUCUGUGCAGGUCGUGUUGUCCGAGGAUACUCCCCAAUGGUCUACGGUUUCCAGCUUGUCCGAUGCAGAACAGUCUCGGUGCCAGAUUCCGCUCCACAACGGUGGGAGAUUGACUGGCUACAACCUCGUUGACGAUGGCCCCACCGGGGUCUUCUUUGUCUGGACUAUUCACCAUGCGCUCUACGACGGUUGGUGUCUACCUCUCAUCCUGGACAAGAUCAAGCGAUGCUACCAAGAGGUGCCUCCGAGCCCAGCACAGCUCAGCGGCCCCUCAUACUCCAACUUCAUCCGGUAUCUUGCAGGAGUUGACUUGGAUCAAGCAAGCGAGUUCUGGAAGUCCCAUCUAUCCAACGUCUCAGCCCAGCACUUCCCACGUCUGCCCAACCCUGAUUACCAGGCAAGUGCUAGCAGUCUGAUGAUUCACAAGGCAGACCUGAUCCGCCAGUCUGGAUCAGAGAUUACCACUGCCACGAGAAUCCGCGCAGCUUGGGCCUUGACAGUUUCCAUCUACUCGGCAUCAGACGAUGUUGUCUUCUGGGAAACCGUCACAGGCCGUGAUGCCCCUGUCCCCGGGAUUGAGGAAAUAGUGGGAGUGACGUUAGCGACUGUACCAAUGCGGAUGGUGCUGGAGCCAUCGACAACAAUUGCUGGGCUUCUUGGCUACGUCCAAGCUCAGUCGGCAGCAAUGAGAACGCACCAACAUACCGGUAUUCAGCACAUCAGACGCAUCAAUGCCGACACGGCUCUUGCUUGUGGCGCGCAGAACCUCUUGGCCAUCAAUCACGGGUCACGAGAGUCAACCGAUUCAUUCUGGGACGAGCAGACCAACGAGAUGGCUGGCACCAACUUCUACUCAUACCCCCUCAUGCUUUCGUGCCAUAUUGGAGACGGCGAGCUUGAGACAGUUGUCCAUUAUGACGCAGACGUCAUCUCAGCAUCGCAGAUGCAGCGUGUCAUGGACCUGUUCGCCAUGAUGUUGCAAUCGGUCUCAUCUUCUGAACUUAUGGACGAAAGGGUGGAAGACCUGUCCAUUUUGACUCCGAAUGACCUUCAGACACUGCAAGAUAUGAAUCAUGCAACAACAACACCUGUGGACCAAUUCAUACACCAUGUCAUUCAGGCUCAGGGCAUUACUCAAGCGCAAGACAAGCUGGCCAUCCAUGCAUGGGACCAAAGCCUCACAUAUGCGGAACUGGACGCUCAAUCAAGCCGUCUUGCGUGUGUCCUAGUUGAGAACGGCGUCAGUGUGGACUCCAUUGUUCCAUUCUGCAUGGAAAAAUCAUCUCUUGUUGUUGUCUCCAUCUUGGCCAUCCUUAAAUCAAACGCUGCAUUCGUCCCGCUGGACCCCGCACAUCCUGAUGCCCGAAUCAACGGCAUUCUUGCCGAUGUUGACGCUACGGUUGUCCUCUGCUCCCCCCAGUACGCUGAGCGCCUGGAGAAUCUCGGAACGAAGGCAGUCCGGAUCUCACAGGACUUUGUUCACAGCAUCCCACCGCACCAACAACCGACUGUUUCCAUGUCUACCAAUAGCCCUGCCUACGUUAUCUAUACUUCAGGAAGUACCGGGAAACCGAAGGGAACGAUUGUUGGCCACUCGGCCUUUUGUACUGGUGCAACUGCGCAUGGUCUUGCCAUGGGCAUGGACGAGUCAUCUCGAGUCUUGCAAUUUGCUUCAUAUACUUUCGACGCCAGCAUUAUGGAGAUGUUGACGACUCUUAUCCAUGGCGGCACGGUCUGUGUGCCUAGUGACGAGGAACGCAUGGGUGAUAUUGCAGGCGCCAUCAGCCGCAUGCGCGUCAACUGGGCUUUAUUGACGCCCUCAGUCGCCCAGUUGAUUCAACCGUCCCUCGUACCUGAGCUCAAAACCCUUGUGCUUGGCGGAGAGGCGAUGUCGUCUGCUCACAUCUCUUCCUGGGCAUCAUCUGUCCAGUUGAUGAACGCCUACGGCCCUUCGGAGAGUUCCGUGGUGGCGGCCGUUAACCCGGCCGUCACGCUUGAAUCUGGCCCUUCCAAUAUCGGGCGUGCGGUGGGAGGUCUUUGCUGGGUCGUCGAUGCGACCAACCACGACAGACUGGUCCCCAUCGGCGUAGCUGGCGAGCUCGUGGUGGAGGGCCCAAUCCUUGCCCAGGGCUACCUCAAGAACCCCGAAAAGACUGCGGAAUCCUUCAUCACCAACCCAAAGUGGUGCAACAAGUUCCCCAGUGCAUCCGCAGGCCCUGAGCGCAGGUUGUACAAGACUGGAGAUCUCGUCAAACUCGCCGAAGAUGGAUCCAUUCUCUUCCAGGGCCGUAAGGACAACCAAGUCAAGGUCAACGGUCAGAGGCUGGAGUUGUCUGAAGUUGAGCACCAUCUCAGCGCAGACCCUGCCAUCCAGUAUGGCCUGGCUGCUGUUCCAUCGUCUGGCCCUUUCAAGGGGCGUCUAGUCGCCAUCCUGUCUUUGCAAUCUUUUGCUGCUAUCAAACAAGAGAUGGUGGGAGAUGAAGAGAUGCAGAUCGUCGGACAGUUUGCCUCCCCGCAGUUGACAGGCAUCCGCGAGCGUCUAUCAAGACACCUGGCAGCUUGGAUGAUUCCAUCCUCGUGGAUCAUCGUGAACCGCAUCUGUCUCCUUCCCUCCGGCAAGCUUGAUCGUCGGCGUGCCGUGGACUGGGCCGAGAAGAUGACUGCGGAGCAACACCAGCUGGUUCUCAACGCGCAGGAAAAGGCAUCUGCUUUAGGCAGAGAAGCAUCAGAGGUUGAGGUAAAGCUUAGGGCUGCCUGGGCUAAGGUUCUUAACCUCGAGAUGAACAUGGUGCCGUUCAAGCAGUCUUUCCUCCAUCUGGGAGGCGACUCCAUCUCCGCCAUGCAGUUGAUGGCCGUCUGUCGGUCUUUGAACAUUGGUGUUUCGGUCGGACAAAUCAUGCAGAGCAAGUCCAUCGUCGAACUUGCAUCUCAUGUCACUGCCGUUGAGGAUGUUGUGCAUGUUCAGGAGCGGGAGAAUGAGUCGUUUGACUUGUCGCCCAUUCAGAAAGUGUACUUUGAGUGCAUGGGUACUGAGUCUACUCAUUUCAACCAGAGCAUGCUUUUGAGAACCGGACGAACAAUCACUUCUCAAGAGCUAUCGACAGCUUUGGAAACCAUCGUCAAGACACACAGCAUGCUUCGUGCUCGCUUCUCACAAGUCAAUGGCACCUGGUCUCAACGCAUAACUGACAACGUCGCUGCCUCGUACACCCUCCGAUCACAUGCGAACGUUGACCAAGGCCGCCUCUCUUCAUUGAUCGAAGAGAGCCAGAAAUGUCUGGACAUUGUUCAGGGUCCUCUCUUUGCCGCGGACAUUUUUGAGAUGGAGGGAACCGACAAUCAAGCCGUUUCAUUUGUCGCUCAUCACCUCGUUGUCGACGUCGUUUCGUGGAAUAUCAUUCUUCAAGAUCUGGAGGGACUCUUGUCAUCAGCCGCCUACGAUCCUGUCAAGCCGUUUUCUUUCCAGACUUGGAGCCAUCUACAACUCGAACAAGCUCAAGGAACGACGAAUGUGUUUCAUGAUAUUCCGACUCCUCAACAAGACCUCUCGUACUGGGGAAUGCAAGGCGUACCGAACCUUCACGGCGACUCAAGCACCGAAACCAUGGAGAUUGCCGUCGAUGACUCGAUUCAGCUCUCGGGCCCUUGCCAUGAUGCCCUCCAAACCGAUGUUGUCGAUAUCUUAUUGGCCUCGCUGUUGGCGUCUUUCCGUCAAACCUUCCCAGACCGCCCUUCAGUGCCAUCAAUAUUCAAUGAGGGUCAUGGCAGAGAGCCUUUGGAUGACAAGCUGGACCUAUCACGCACCAUUGGAUGGUUUACCACUCUUUGCCCCGUCUGCCUCCCCCAGUCCUUGCCAUCUGAGCCAGAUUUUCUCGAUAUUGUGCGCUGGGUAAGGGACUUCAGGCGAAAGCUCCCCGGCAAGGGCCGUCCUUACUUUGCUCAGAGCAUGUUGUCUCCGGAAAGCCAGACGCAUACCCGGGAGUGGCCUGUGGAGGUGGCCUUCAACUUUCUUGGCCAGACAAAGCAAGCUGGAUAUGAAGAGUCGGUGUUCAGACAGCUUGACGGGGGCAUGCUGGACUCUGUGAGUUCCGAAACGGACAUUGGGGCCCAUGUUCCACGCCUCGCCCUCAUUGAGAUCUCAGCCUCCUUCUCAAGCAGUAGAUUGAACUUCAGCUUCUCUGUCAAUCGCCACAUGAAUCACCAAUCACGUAUCCGAAACUGGAUUGGGGCUUGCAAGGACUACAUCCACGAGGCUGUUCAACAGCUUCUCCAGGUCAGACAUGAACAACCAACUGCAGAUCUGUCCCUGCUUCCCUUGGCUUUUGGCGGCGACUCCCGAAUCGACAGAAGGCUCAAGGAACUGGACAUUGCCCAUCUUGGCGACGUCGAAGCCGCAUACCCAUGCUCUCCAGCUCAGCAGGGCAUUCUCUUCGCACAGAUAAGAGACCCCGAGUACUAUUCGUACUCGGUCACGUUUUCGGUGAAUUGUGCCCAACCAGGCCAUGGAGUAGACGUGCAACGCCUAGCAGAUGCAUGGGGACAUGUGGUGCAACGGCAUUCCACUCUUCGAACCGUCUUUGUGGACAACUUGCUACAAGAGGGUGCGAUGGACCAGAUUGUUCUCAGAAAGCAUCUUCCCAAUAUGUCCGUCUUCGAAUCCCCCGUCAAUGAGCAAGCUAAAAACCUUGACCGACGCUCACGACUGGGUCUUCCCACCAACCAACCACCUCACCGUCUCAACAUUUCCAAGACUACUGAAGGAACCGUAUUCUGCGUCCUGGAGAUGAGCCAUGCUAUCGCCGAUGGAACUUCGAUGCCGAUUCUGUUCCGUGACCUGGCUUUGGCCUACGAGGGUGCCUUGACCGCAACAACUCUUUCUGUCUACGGCGACUACGUUGCUCACUUGCAGCGAAGCCUAAGCUCUCGCAAUGUCGAUUACUGGAAGGACUACCUGACUGGAUUCGAUCCUUGUCACUUACCCUCGCUGACUGGUGGAGCCGCAGAGCCCAAGGUUCUGCGAGCGCUCGACUGGGCCAUCUCCAAUGCGGCAGACCUUCAGGCAUUCUGCACCGACAGAGGUGUCACGCUAUCCAACAUACUCCAGCUGGCCUGGGCACUGGUGCUUCAGGCAUACACGGGCCUUGAUGACGUAGGGUAUGGGUGCUUGGUUGCUGGGCGGGACAUCCCCGUCCGCGACAUUGACGAGGCAAUCGGCGUCUUCAUCAACAUGGUCGUGUGCAGAGUGCGUCUUGACCCGGCUACCAGCCUCGGCGAUGUCCUCAAGACUGUCCAGGAAGACUCUGCGGCAGCGAUGAACAAUGGGCAUGUUUCGCUUGCUGACUUACAGCACGCCCUGGGCAUAUCCAAUGAAGCUCUCUUCAACACUGCCUACUCGUUCCAGAGAAGGUCCGUCUCCAAGUCAAUGGCGACAGGACCUAUCUCGUUCGACAUCGGUGACGCCCAAGAUCCUAGCGAGUACGACAUGACCGUCAACGUCGAAGUUUGGGAUUCAAAUGUUGAGUUGCAGCUGUGUUACUGGACAGACAAGAUUUCUGAUUCACAUGCCAAGAACAUUGCCUCUACAUUUGACCAGAUUCUGACUUCAAUCAUGACGUGCGACUUGGAGGUGCCAAUAGGACAACUCAAUAUGCUCAGCAACUACUGCUCGCAGCAGCUGGCGUUGUGGAACAAUGACGAGCCUGAGGCCCUCGACAAGUGCGUACACCACCUCUUCGAGCACAACGCCCAACAACGACCUAGCGAUACACCGGCUAUCCAGGCAUGGGAUGCAAGCUUUACCUACCUCGAACUUGACGCGGCGGCUACAAAGCUCGCCCAGCACUUGGUAUCUCUUGGUGUCGGGCCUGAGAGAUACGUUCCCCUUUGCUUCGAAAAGUCAGCAUGGACAGUCGUGGCCAUAAUGGCAGUUCUCAAGGCCGGCGGCGCUUUUUGUAGCCUUGAUCCUACACACCCACCUGAACGUGUCAACUUCCUCGUCCACAACGUUGAUGCUGAGCUGAUUCUCUGCUCACCUUCCUUGACACACAAGUUUGAGGGUCUGGAUAUCCCGACUUUUGCCGUCGGCCUAGAGACGGUAUCGCUGCUACCUGAUGUGCCGGUUGGCUCGCUUCAAAUCCAGGUCUCACCCAGCAACCCGGCCUACAUCAUCUUCACCUCCGGGACCAUGGGUCUUCCAAAGGCUACAAUCAUCGAGCAUGGGGCCUUUACCACUGGAGCUACGGAACACGCUAAGGCUAUCAAGAUGACCUCGACCUCUCGUGUCCUACAGUUCGCGUCACACACCUUUGAUGCCAGUGUCAUGGAGAUGCUAUCCACAUUGAUAGUGGGCGGUUGCAUCUGUAUUCCCAGCGAUCAGGAGCGCAUGAACGACCUGGCCGCUGUCAUCACCAAGUUGAACGUUAACUGGACCCUACUUACACCAUCUGUGGCAAGUGUGCUCCGGCCGGACAGCGUGCCCACCCUCAAGGUCCUCGUUACGGGCGGAGAAGCGAUGUCGAUGGACCACAUCACCAAGUGGGCAAGCCACGCGGCUCUUGUCAACGCCUAUGGCCCUUCCGAAACAUCCGUCAUUUGUUCAACAAGCACCAAAGUGGACCAUGACGGCAACGUCUUGGAUUGGGAACCUGCCACGAUCGGGCAUGCUGUUGGGUGUCGCUGCUGGGUCGUCGAUCCGCGCAAUCACAACCGUCUCAUGGCCAUCGGUGGCAUCGGAGAGCUUGUGAUUGAAGGGCCCAUUGUGGCAAGAGGCUAUCUGGGCAACGAAGCCAAGACGAGAGAAGCAUUCAUCCAGCAUCCUCCAUGGCGGACAGGCAUCAAGCUCGCUGGCGACCGAACAUAUGGCAUGUACAAGACUGGUGAUCUGGUCGCGUACAACUUGGAUGGCUCUUUGAGCUAUAGAUCCCGCAAAGACACUCAGAUCAAGCUCAACGGACAACGUAUCGAGCUCGGCGAGAUCGAACAUCAUGUCAAGGCCAACUUGCCAGCUAAUGUUCAGUCAGCCGUGGACUUGGUGGUUCCCCAGAGCCAGACAUCAACAAAGGCAUUGGCCGUGUUCUUCACAAGCGGCGACGAAGAUGUCGAGGAUGCAGCGUCUCGAGAGACGGAAGCAAUUCUCCUGCCCAUGUCAAGUGCUUGCGCCAAACUUGGCCAGUCGCUCAAGACGGCACUUAGGAAUGCUCUACCAUCACACAUGGUGCCAACCGCGUAUAUCCCGGUGGUCAAGAUGCCCUGGACCUUGGCCGGCAAGCUAGACCGCAGCAAGCUCAAGGCCAUUGUUCAGUCUAUACCGCCUAUGCAGAUGGCCCCCUACAAGCUCGCCGGGGUCAGACAAGAGCGAGCCCCUGUCACAUCGAUGCAGCGCAAACUGCAGAAAGUCUGGGGCAAGAUUUUGAGCAUUGAUUCCGGCAAAAUCAGCAGAGACGACAACUUCUUCAGACUCGGCGGUGAUUCCGUUGGCGCCAUGAAGCUUGUCGCCGCCGCCAGGAUGGAGGAUGUUGUACUCACAGUCAUGAACAUCUUCAAGAAUCCCGUCUUGUCGCACAUGGCAACAUCAUGUAAGCGCGCCAAUGACGCCCCCAUCACUUCUGUGAAGCGUCUGUCGUUACUUCGAGACGUUGCGUCUCCCUCUCUUCUUCUCGCCGAGCUCUCAGAACGCUGUGGCAUCCAGAGGACUCAGAUCCAGGAUGCGUAUCCGUGCAGCUCCCUUCAAGAGGGACUUGUAGCUUCAUCUAUUCAACAGCCGGGUGCAUACGUCGCCAACAAUGUCUUUGAGCUGCCUCCUAGUAUUGACGUUGACCGUCUGAAGCUCGCAUGGCAAAAGACUGUUGACCAAGUCGACAUUCUGAGAUCGCGAAUCGUCAACACCAAAUCCCUCAAGUCCUACCAAGUCGUCUUGGAGCCUCAUGAGAUCGAGUGGGACCACUACAGCAGCCUUGAAUCUGCCAUUCACAAGGCCCAAUCAGUUCCAGAACACAAUGGCGGUGCCCUUGCCCGGUAUGCAACUGUCAGCUCGGCUGAUUCUGGCACCCAAUAUUUUGUGUGGACCGUCCAUCAUGCGUUAUACGAUGCUUGGAGUAUGCCUUCUUUACUCAAGUUGGUUUCGCAAUACUACUACGGAGAUGGUGCUGAAAGGCUCGGUCCGACUGUUCCCUUUGCCAACUUUGUCAAGUACUUGGCCGACAUCAAUGUACAAGCCUCAGAUGACUUCUGGAAGGCUAGGCUUCAAGGCGCUUCUUCUGCAUCUCAUUUCCCAACCAUGUCCUCUGCGACAAGCGCUGAGUCAUCUCAUGCAUCACUGGAGCAUACGAUUCAGUACAGGAGAGAGGGUCUCGGCAUGGACAUAACGAUUCCAACACUCGUCCGAGCAGCAUGGGCUCUUGUCCUGGGGUCUCAAACCGGCUCAGAUGACGUCGUCUUUGGCGAGACCUUGUCGGGACGUGAUGUUGCUCUUGACCAUGUGGAAGAUAUCAUGGGACCAACCUUGACCACCGUGCCUUCAAGGGUUCAGAUCGACCGGGCUGCUUCUGUUGGCCACUUUUUGACCACGCUCCAUGAGCAGGCAAUCGAGGUGAUCCCUCAUCAGCAUGCUGGCCUCCAACGCAUCAAGCGCCUUGGGGGCACCAUGGCAGUUGCCUGCGACUUCAGGAAUUUGCUGGUCAUCCAAUCGACCGACGAAACAACAAGCCAGCAGGACUUGUUGCAGCCAUUAGAAGGCGAGAUGGAGCAGGCAGACUUCUUCACGUACCCACUGGUCGUCGAAUGUUCUAUCGAGGCUCACAACCUUGUCUUGGUUAUUCACCAUGACGAGACUGUUGUAACAAGCUGGCAAGCAGAGCGCAUCGCCCUUCAAUUUGAAACUCUGGUUGAGCAACUCAUCCGUCUAUCGCGAGAGCCCACCCGCAAGAUCAUGGAACUUCGACUCUACAGCCAAGAGGAUGUUUUGAUGAUCAAGGAUUGGAACCACCAAACUUUUGAGCCUGUCCAAGAAACCAUUCCCAGCUUGUUCUGGCAGUCAGCCAUGAUGCAACCCGAUGCUACCAUCAUCCGCGCUUGGGACGGCCAUCUCAGCUAUCAUGCUAUCUCACAGUACGCCGUGCGUCUUGCCAAGGUACUCGUACAGAAGGGAGUACGAGCUGAAACACUGGUUCCAUGCUGUAUGGACAAGUCUCUCUGGACGACGGUCGCCAUGCUUGCUGUGAUACUGGCUGGUGGCGCUAUCGUUGGACUGGAUCCUGCGCAUCCCCCGGCUCGGCACGCGGAAAUCACUCACGACUGCGCGGCCCAUCUUGUUCUGUGCUCACCGCAGUAUCAAGACCGUUUCAAUGGCCUCGUCGAGUCUGUCAUUCUGGUCAACCCCGACUUGUUCACUGCCGAGCUGUCGUCCCCACAAGAGCUCCCAACCGUUACAAGUCGAGAUGCCGCAUUCGUCAUUUACACGUCAGGCAGUACAGGAAAACCAAAGGGUAUUGUGAUUGACCAUGGCUCGUUUUGUACGAGCUCCAAGGCCUUCAUGCAACGCAUGAAUCUUACCCCGACGUCGAGUGUCUUCCACUUUACGUCUUAUGCGUUCGAUAUUGCAAUGGGAGAGACGUUUGGUGCCCUGACUAGCGGCGCUUGCCUCUGCAUUCCCAGCGAGGAGAUGAGGUUGACGGACCUUCCGGGUGCCAUGAACACCCUUGGCGCCACUUGGGCCUUCUUGACGCCCUCGAUCGCCAACAUUCAGGAUCCCUCCAAGUUCAAGACACUCCAAACACUUGUCUGUGGUGGCGAGGCGAUGACCCCUGAGACCAUUAGCACCUGGGCAGACAAAGUCGAGCUGAUGAACGGCUACGGUCCAGCCGAGUGUACGAUUUUUGCUGUUUCCAAUGCCGACGUGUCCGUCACCAGGGACCACACACACAUCGGCCGCGCAAUGUCCGGCGGCAGCACGUGGAUUGUCGACCCCAGAGACCACAACUGUCUUGUCCCGGUGGGUUGUGUGGGUGAACUGCUCAUCAGCGGUCCUAUCGUGUCGCGUGGUUACCUGAACGACAGUACGAGGACAGCUGAGUCGUUUGUCGAGAACCCUGCCUGGAUGCACAGCAUCAUCGGCGAGGUAAAUCAUCAACAAUCGCUGCGUCUAUACAAGACGGGUGACCUGGUCAAAUAUUGUCCUGAUGGAACAUUGGUUUACAUGGGACGGAAGGAUCACCAGGUCAAACUCAAUGGCCAGCGCAUGGAGCUCGGUGAGAUCGAAGCUCGUCUCGAGUCUGAUCCGCGAAUCCGCCAUGCUCUCGUCUCUCUGCCCAAGUCCGGGGUACUCAAGGGCCGUCUGGUGGCCAUCGUUUCUCUCGAGCAACUUGUAUCUGACAGGUCAUGCCUUGAAUCAUCAGAACUUGUUCCUGUGUCUGCUUCCACGAUGGAACACGCUCGAGCACAGAUCUCCGUCUUUCAAAACAAUCUAUCCGACAACCUCCCACCUUACAUGAUACCAUCAGCUUGGUUUGUGGUUGAAGCUAUUCCCCUCUUGCUGUCUGGCAAGCUCGAUAGGGCCAGUGCCCAGGCAUGGCUCGUCAACAUGGAUUCGGAGACAUGUAACAUGGCGUUCGGCUCAGAAUCCAGUGAAAAUGUCGUGGACUCCGAGAUGACACAUGUUGGGCGGCAACUUAGACGCAUCUGGGCGUCAGUCCUCAACAUUCCUGACGAGACGCUGCCGAUGAACCGCUCCCUUAUCAGCCUCGGUGGAGACUCCAUUAUGGCGAUUCAGAUCAUGACUCGCUGCCGCGACCAAUCCUUCAGAUUGUCCAUGCAGCAGAUCAUGAAGGCUAAGUCCAUCACUCAGCUGGCCACGCUCAUCCAGAUCGAUGGCCAACAAACACGGAACGACGCCCCUGAACAUGAAGACGAACCCGGUCAUGCAUUUGAGUUGUCGCCAAUCCAGCAGUUCUUCUUCAACAACAGUUCAAACAAGGACCUCGGAGACCGCUUCAACCAAAGCCAACUGUUGUCGAUCAGAGACCUCGUCGAUGUAUCCAGAUUCAAGCAGGCUGUUGACGCGCUCGUGCACCGACACCCAAUGCUUCGCGCGCGCUUCAAGAAGUCUCCUGAUGGACUAUGGACACAGCACAUUGAGUCGGAUAUUGCAAAUUCCUACAGCUUCCGCCCCCACAGGUCUAUCGAGAGGUCUGACAUGAUUUCAUCCAUCGUCACGAGCCAAAAUGAUAUCCACAUUUCUGGCCCUGUCUUCAUCAUCGACCUCUAUGAACAGCCUGAUGGCUCUCAAGUGGCAUCGCUCGUGGCGCAUCAUCUGGUCGUCGACAUCGUUUCUUGGAUCAAUAUCAUCCAAGACCUUGAGACAUUCCUCUCAGCUGCCUCUUCCAAUCUCCCCAAGCCCCUGACGUUCCAGAAAUGGCAUGCAGCGCAGGUUUCACAUGCUGAAUCUCUCGAGAGACAUGGAGAUAACUUGCUGCCAUUCUCUGUGCAACCUGCUGACUUGGACUUCUGGGGCAUGUCAAGCACCACCAACACCUAUGGAGACAUUAUCCAGAAAUCGUUUGUCCUGUCAGAUGCCGAUAUCAUAUCCUUGGUACUAAGAGACUCGCACACGGCACUCAAGACAGAGCCUCUUGAUCUGUUCAUCUCGGCUCUGCUCAAAUCAUUCGGACAAACCUUUGAAGAGCGAGAGCUUCCGACCCUGUUCAACGAAGGCCAUGGCCGUGAGCCUUGGGACGAUACCAUCGACCUUUCCCAAACUGUUGGAUGGUUCACCUCACUCUGUCCUGUCCACGUGUCUCGACACAACGUCGAUCAUGAGGAUAUCAUUGACUUUGUUCGCAAGAUCAAAGACGUACGUCGCAGCAUCCCAAGCAACGGUCGUCCGUACUUUGCCCACUGCUACCUGACCGAGUCAGGGAAGCCCCAUCGCAGCAACCAUGAGCCCAUGGAGGUUUUGCUAAACUUCCUUGGCCGUACUCAACAAACAAGCCAGGGAAAUUCUCUCUUUGGCUCGGCCGAUUUAUCCAUGACCGAGGAAGAAUCAGCGGCCACUUCCGACGUUGCACCCGAGACGCACCGUACAGCUUUGUUCGAGGUUUCCAUAUCAAUUAUUGACCAAGGCGUCAGCUUCACCUUCAUGUACAACCAACGCAUGCUCCACCGAGAUCGCAUCGAGAAGUGGAUUUCCAACUGUGAGGAGAUACUCAUCGACACCGCAAAGAGGCUCAGCGAGGCCACGCCUACUCCCACGCUGAGCGACUUCCCUCUCAUGCCCAUCGGCUACACGGAGCUGAAGGAGCUCGUGACCAGGUCUCUGCCUGCUGCUCAGGUCCGCUUCGAUGAGGUAGAGGACAUGUAUCCCUGCUCGCCCAUGCAGACAGGCAUACUGCUCAGUCAGCUCCUGGAUCCAUCGCACUAUCUGUUCCAUACUGUCCUUGAAGUAACCUGUCCCAGCGGUUCGACGAUUGACACCGCCAAGUUGUCUCAAGCUUGUCACCAAGUUAUUGACCGUCACACUGCGCUCCGAACGGUCUUUGUGGACAGUGCCUAUCGUGGUGGCUUCUUCGAUCAGGUCGUCCUGAAGGCUCCUGGAUCCCGAAUUUCCAUCAUCCAGUGUCGUGAAAUCGACGUCAUGGCAAGAUUGAACACCAGAUCUCUUGAGAAGACCAACAAAAGGCACAAUGGUCCGGUGCUUCCUUAUCAAAUCACCAUCUGCCAGACACCCCAGGGCAAAGUGUUCAUCAAAGUCGAAAUGAACCACGCUGUCUCAGACGGUUUUUCGACGUCGGCCAUGCUGCACGAUAUAUCGAAAGCAUACAACAACUGCCUGCCUUCGACCAAGGCCCCUUCCUACAAGGAAUACGUCAAGUACAUCUCCAACCAGUCUGCUGAGCUGAGUCUCAAGUUCUGGAGCAGCUACCUCUCCGGAGCGCAAUUCACCGGAUUUCCAACAAUAAAUCCCGACAUCACAGCUGUGCGCAGGUUGGGCUCUGUCGAAGUCGAGUUUGAUCGAUUUUCCGAGCUGCACUCCCUUGGCCGCGAAACUGGAGUGACGCUGUCAAACAUGAUGAUAGCUGCAUGGGCUCUGGUACUUCGGGCCUACACCAAGUGUGAGGACGUCUGCUUGGGAUAUCUGGCAUCUGGACGUGAUGCCCCUAUUGAUGGCAUUGACGACAUCGUUGGUCCUCUUAUCAAUAUGCUGGUGUUCCGCUUUCAGUUUGCUCCGGGCAUGCUGCUCAAGAGAUUGUUCCUCCAAGCUCAAGAAGAUUACAUGGCCAGUCUACCUUACCAGCAUUUCUCGCUGGCCCGCCUAAGCCAUGCUUUGGGACAAGCGAAACGAGGCUUUUUCAACACCGCCAUAUCCAUCCAAAACGCCGGUUCACCGAGUGGCUCAGAUGUCAAUGCGCUCACAUACGAGCCAGUCGAGGCCUUUGAUCCAAGCGAAUUUGCCGUCACGCUCAAUGCCAACACCACUCGCGGCGAUGAAGGCAUUGUCUUCCGCUACUGGACGGAUGUUCUCUCGGAUUCUCAAGCCGAGGACCUCGCCCUCACAACGUCUGCGUUGCUGAGUGAUUUCAUCGAUCACUAUGAGAAGGAUCUAUCCCAUUUGCGGCUCUUCAGGGGGCCACGGCAGCUACCUACCAGUGGGCACAUGCACACACAUGAGGUUGACCACUGGGCAUUUCAACAUGACGAUUCCAAAUGCGAAGCCACGAUCCACAAUUCGACAAGCAGUGAAUCUUCGACAGAUCUCAGUGCAGAAGUUUUCUCGUCGCCCAACCCAUCUCAUCCCUCUACUCGUGACCGGGACAAUGUUCACCACAAGCUGUUGGCAUUGUGGAGGGACACUUUGGGUCUGGGAAGUACUGACGUCUCAUACGAUGACAGUUUUUUCGAACUCGGCGGUGAUUCCAUCAUCGCCAUGUCAAUGGUGGGCAAUGCUAGAGAGCUGGAAAUACCGCUCACUGUGGCCGACAUCUUCAACAACCCCAACUUUGGGUCGAUGCUCAACUGUCUCCUGGAUCGAUGCUACAAGGAUUACGACACGGCGUCAAGCAAUGACAAGUCGUACCUCUCAGACUCCAAGAACGAGGGAGCAACCAAUGCUGAACAACCAUACCAACCCUUCUCCAUGCUUGGCCUAGAGGACGCUGAGCAAUUCGUCCGACACCACGUCUGCACUGUUGCAGGCGUGUCCCGAGCCAGCAUCGUAGACGUCCUCCCAACAACCGAUUUCCAGACCCAGGCCAUCGCGGGUAGUCUACUGGACUCGCGAUGGAUGCUCAAUUACUUCCACUUGGAUUCUUCGGGGCCACUUGACAUUGGCCUACUGAGAGAAAGUAUCACAAACGUCGUUACCUGUUACGACGUGUUGCGCACCGUCUUCGUCUCCUACGAGAAGAGAUACUUGCAGGUUGUCCUUCGUCACAUUCAACCCCAGCUGAGUGUCCACAACGUCGACGAUAUCGAGCAAUUCACAUCGGAACUUGAAUCCAGCCAUCGGCAAGAAGUUCCGCGCCCUGAACAGUCCGCCCUACGGUUCGUCGUAGCGCGACUCAAAUCGUCGGUACGACACCGAAUUUUCAUCAGGAUAUCUCAUGCGCAGUAUGACGGCGUCUGCUUCCCAGCCAUUCUUGAGGCAUUGAAGGCUUGCUAUGAGGGAGAACCUAUUUUUCCCACGCCUUCGUAUACAACCUACAUCCGCGGGGCAUUAGGCAAGAUCAAUCCGGGCCACUACGCGUACUGGAAUGCUCUACUCAAGAAUUCCACUCCGACGCAUGUUAUCCCACGACAAGCCUCUUUGCUGCGCACUUCCCCUACGCAAGUUUUGAAAAGGGUCGUUUCCACACCCUCGCUCGCGGCUUUCAACAUCACCACUGCUACUGUCGUCAAGGCCGCCUGGUCAACUGUAUUGGCCAAGGUCACGGGCAAGACCGACGUUGUCUUUGGCCACCUCAUCAGCGGACGCAAUACAAGCAGUGUGCCCGGUAUUGAAGCUAUCGUUGGCCCUUGCUUGAAUGUGGUCCCUGUACGCGUUUGCCACCAACCUUCUUGGACCGUACUACAUCUUCUUCAACACGUCCAGAAACAGCAGGUGGACAACAUGCCGUAUGAGUCACUCGGCUUCAGGGAGGUCAUUGGCAACUGCACCGACUGGGAUGAUGACGGAGCAAACGGUUUUUCUACCGUUGUGCAACACCAAAGCAUGCCUCAGACGGGUGCUCUGGAAAUCGGGGGGAACACGUACCAAGUUGGAGCAAUGGCCUCACAAGAAGAUGCGGCUGAUUUCAGCGUCGUUACUACGCCGCAAGACACGAACAGCACAGAGGUCUGCUUGCUUUAUUCUUGUGACGGAGCUGUAGACGUGGCCUUGGCAGAGGAGAUGUUUGACUCUCUCUGUAGCAGUAUCACAGGCUUUUCCGAGAACCUGGACACCUUUGUUGGACUUUCUUGA